CAGAUGGUGUGCGAGCACUCUGAUGUGUUUGCGUCAGCGUGUGCCAUUGCCCGAGCUUUCCCGCUCUUCACCCGCCGUUCAGCAUCUUCUCGCAGGACAGAGAAGAAGCACGUUACUGUGGAGUUUGUCACUGUGGGUCAGGACAGUGGCCCGCUGGAGGUCUCCACACUGAAGUGUCUUGCCAGUGCAGCGGAUGGAGUUCGUCUGGCUGCUCGAAUCGUAGACGCCCCAUGCAGCGAAAUGAAUACUGAUGACUUCCUAAAGGCAA